AUAGUAUAAACUACGGUACCUUUUUUGGGGGGAAGGAGGAUGUAAAGCCGUAAUCGAGAGAAAGCGAGAUGAUAACUAUUGAAACUAAUAACCAUUAAAAAAAGUAUUUCGAAUAACGAGAUUUCGUUAAGGGUGGGAUUUAAAUCUGCUGCUUUUUCUCCAUUGGAUACCUGUGGUAUGCCAGGUUACUCUGUUCAUAGAAAUACUAAAUCGAAGCUGAGAAGAAAAGAAGAUCGUUAAAGAUCAUUGCAACUAAACAACCUUGAGCUAAAAAAGGAAAAUGCUCCGAUCAUGCAAGACGUAGCUGGUGAUGAAGUUGUCUUCAAAUUGGCGAGGCUGCUUCAAACUCACGGGGACCAUGUUGUAAGAGGGGAUAGUAAACUUUGUUUGACUGUAUCUUCUCUGAUCUACCUUAAUAACCGCUUUGAACAGAUCAAAACAGGGCAAAAAAUUUGUACUGAUCAUGCAAGAUCUGCAGUCACAUAUUUGAAUGACUUUCUGAAGAAAGUUGUCUCUCUUAAGCUUGUGCCAGGGAAUUGUUCCGGGUUUGAUGUGUUGCUAAAUGUAUCCUGUUUCAAAAACCUCCAAUAUCUUGAGAUCAAGAAGGUGCCUUUAGGUUACAUCAAGGGACUUCAAAGCCUAAGAUCACAGCUGCGUGGCUUGACCUGUCAACGCUCUGUGAUUGCUCUUAGUGAGGUAUUUGUUUCAUGUGGUGGUGACCUUACAAGCUCACCAUUUCUCUGGAGUGAGCUAAGAGAGGCAAACCUCAGUUACAAUGGAAUUGAGCAACUUGAUGAGUCCUUGAAAAUUCUACCAAAGCUAGAAGUCCUUAUUCUUAGUCAUAAUUCGAUAAAAAGCUCAGACAGAGAUGAAUACUGGCAGUUUUUUAGUGAGCUGAGCUAUCUAAACUUGGGGUACAACUUCCUUGAAGAGGUCCCUCGGGUACCAUGCCUUCCGCUGUGUGUCAAUAAACUGAAGAAAUUGAUUCUAAAGAACAACAAUCUACAAAACUUGGAAGGGAUCCAGCAUUUUUCAGCACUAGAAACACUGGAUGUCUCCAAUAACUGUAUCUCUACAUUCGAGGAGCUAUCACCAAUGGCAUGGCUGGAGAAACUUACUUCGAUAUACCUGGAUGGGAACCCUGUGUGUUUUCAUCCUGAUUAUCGGGCCUUCACUGUCUCCUGUCUCUCUCCCCUGCAAAAACCAGAUUCGAUUUGUCUUGACGGUCAGUCACUAAGUAUUUUAGAGCAAUACUUUGUUGGCAGUAAUGUUCACCCAGCCCCAUUACAAACCUACAUCCCGCAAACACCCCUUGGCAAACCAAAAAACUUGGCAUUUGUCAAUUCCCCGGUGGAUGUGUUGGAGUCUUCACAGGAUGUAAGCAAUGGGAUACUUUCCACAAGUACAGGGGGAAAGCCAAGAGGAAGAGGUCGUAAGAAAGCUCGAGCAAGACAGAUUGCGAUAACUGACACCAUGAAGGACUCUACUAACAGCACCUCAGAAACGGGCACACCAGAUACAACGACAAAUCUGGACAAGUCAUUGGAACAUUUGGAAGACAUCAGAAGACUUGAGAAAGCCCGUGAUCUUGGAGGCGAAUACUGGUUGCCGGCCAUAAGCAGAGUUGUCUACGGAGAAGUUCCUUCUACAAGUGUGGAUCCUGCUAUCGACCAAGAAACCGCUAGUCCUCUUGCUGCUAAUUCGAUUCUGACUGUAGACCAAGGUACUGCUAGUUCGUUAGGUGUUUUAAAGAAUGCUCAGGUCAUGGACAACAAACCACAAGAAGACGUAGAAAUACCUAGCCCUUCAAAGAACUUAGUGGAUCUAUUACAUACAGAGCCUGUUGAUGGAAAUGAGGGUGACAAGUUUGACGUGAGAGAUGGCAAGACACGCAGCCCAUCUACCAGCUCCGUGGAGAGACUUCUUGACAGCGAAGAACACGAGCCGUUUCUUGUGUCGCUUUUACCAUCACUUACUGACAACAGUCACAAAGACUCAGUAGAUGGGGACGAGUUUAGAAACGAAGAGACGCAAUUCCUUGUCAUUGUGACCGAGGACUUCAUUCGCGAGAUAGAUAGCAUCGAGUUAAAGGUUGUCUGUAAACUGGAGACGGGUUGUCUUGUAAGUGCAUCCUCGGAGCAGACAGACAAAGGGGAGUUUGUCAUUCAUCUCAAGUUCGACUACAUGAGAAGGGAGAGAAAAGAGAGGCAUUACCUCAUGGAGGACGGCAACAAGUCGGAGCACAUGAUGAGCCUGUUGCUUCCUUUGUUAGAAGUAAACUUGGCUACGGGGGCUGUAUCGGAGAUGGAACAUCUAGAGUGCCUGAAGUGUUCAGCUCAGUUUACUGAAGAUGCCAAAUCAAGUACCCCCCAUGUGUGCCCUGACUGCGCCAGCACGCAAAUAGUCCAGCGUGUACCACCAGACAUGUCAGCAGAAUCUGCAUUUUUUUCACGUGACGGCUCACGUGGCAACCAAGCACGUGACUCCCCCUUGCUCUUGAAUGGCGCUAAUCUAAAUGAGAGCUCUACGCAUAACUCCAAAUCAAGUAAUCCAGGCACCGUCCUAGUUCCCUUUCCUUUCUCGCGGCCACCAGAGAGCAAAUCGAAGCCUGGGGAUAGCUGGUGCGAAGAGGUUUCCUCUUGGAAACCCCCCGAGUCGGCCGAAAUCAAUGGAGAUCGCUUCGCAACUGCAAAUUAUGUUAGUAAAAACGACGAGAGCUUUGUUAUCAAUACCAAAAACGGGAUUUAUGACACCAAAUCCUCACCACAAUAUAGGACUAGUGUGCUCAGCAAUUCACUGCGGUCAUCUAGCGGGUGUGAUAGUGAACAAGAAGAAACUGUAAAAAGGACUAAGCGAGUCUUUGAAAGCCCUGUGGCGUUAAAGACAUCAAGCAAACCUAGCUCUACAGAUUCCUCACUCGAGAAGGAGGCCACAGUGCUCCAACCAAGAGCACGUACGCCAGUUAACCAAUCGCCAAACAUUCUCAAGUCUCUUUUCAACAAAUUAAGCGGGAAAAUUUCAGGGGUCAGUCUGAGUAGUUCCCAGGACAGCUCAUCAUCAGAGUCACAGGUAUCUCAUCCUGCUAUCGAGACACCAAGGCAAUUGGGGUUCCAGUUGUCAGCGGAUGACCAUCGUAGCUUUGACCAUCGCCUUCAGCUUUACUGUGAGGUGUCUUUGUUUAAGGAGGGCACGGACGAGAAAUGCGUUUGUUUGCUUAAGGCGCCGGUUGUAGUGUAUGGACUGGCAGAAGAGAUGUCAGCUUUGCUUAUAGCCUCUGACCGGGCAAUCUACAUUUGCUCGCUGAAUGAGUCAGGCUGCAGCAGCCCUGAUGAAUGCCUGUCCCUCCUCGCCUCCCACCCGCUACAUACAUUACGAUUCAUCGACAUUGGACUUCAUAGCCAGAGUUUCCGUUUGGAAUUUGACACCGAGACUCCAGGCUGCUAUUCGUUUAUCGUACGAGAUAAGGAUCGAUGUGAACGCUUUUUAACAACACUCUCAGAAUGCAUUCGCUCCAAAGCACACCUUGAGUCUUCCCCUCCUACAGUUACCAGGGACCAUCCACAGACUUUAUGGCACGUCAGGUGUCAAGUACUUGGCGUUUUGGAUGAAGAGCCCGCCGAUACGGCUAAUCGACUGCAAGAACAAGCCAUGCAAUUUGCGCACCCACCGCUCAUCAAAGACAGAAAGAGCCUUUUGCGUACGUAUUCUCGCUGCUUUGUCGGGAAGGAGUUCAUCGAUUUUCUGAUGCGCACAGGAGAAGUAACUAAUCGAGUUGAGGCUGUUUCGUUCGCACAAAAGCUUUUAGAUGCCGGAGCCAUUGAAAACACGUCAAAAGAAACAAAAUUUGAAGACAAAGAGCAGUUUUACAAGUUCUCAGAAAUUAGAAAGCAAAGAAGUCUAUCUGAACCAGGAGAGAAUGGCCACCAGAACGACACCGAGUCACUGGCUGACUGUGACGUCAUCAUAGCAGCUAUGGUAUACCAGUAUCAGGACCCCUCGGAGCCCGGCGCCAGUCUGCCCGUGACAGUAAUUGUGAGCAGGACUCAUAUAGCACUGGCAAAACAGUCCCUCCAGUGGCCCGUCCCUCGGUUCCUCGAACCAUCUCCCUUGUUAGAAGUGCCAGAGUUCGAGUGUUUGGCAAGGUUCCAAAUGACGGACAUCACAGGGCUGGAGUUUUACGAGGAUUCGCCUUGCUAUAUGGGCGUUUUUAUAUCAGAAGAGGACUACUCCCAUGAGUCGGACGUGUUUUGGCUGUUGAAAACACAGACGGUCAGCGGUCUCUCACAUCUUCUCAAAGCGCUCAAAGAACCAUGGGAAAAACAAUUCGUUGUCGAGCUACCGACUACCCUACAUCCCACCCUUAGGGACUAGAGCGGUAUGUCGCAUGACGGAUCACCAUGUCACGUGACAGGCGCAGCGGCUGUCCUCAACAAUGUCAUGUCACGUGACGGAUCACCAUGUCACGUGACAGGCGCGGCUGUCCUCAACAAUGUCACGUGACGGAUCACCAUGUCUAGUGACAGGCGCAGCGGCUGCCCUCAACAAUGUCACGUGACGGAUCACCAUGUGACGGACGUGAUGGACUACAGAGGCUGUCAUUAUCAAUGUCCCAUAUCACGGAUUACUAGACCACGUGACGUAUCACUGUCACAUGACUGAUUACUAUGUUACAUGACUGUUUACUAUGUCACAUGACUGAUUACUAUGUCACAUGACUGUUUACUAUGUCACAUGACUGAUUACUAUGUCACAUGACUGUUUACUAUGUCACAUGACUGAUUACUAUGUCACAUGACUGAUUACUAUGUUACAUGACUGAUUACUAUGUUACAUGACUGAUUACUAUGUCACAUGACUGAUUACUAUGUCACAUGACUGUUUACUAUGUCACAUGACAAAUGUCGACUUCCAGUAUAACGCUUGGGAAAUCUAACAAAAAUAUAUCAAACACUUCCGUUAAAAGAAAACUUUUCAGGCAAAAGGAAAGGUCUAGGAUGGACGGGACCACCAGUACCAAAAUGUACCAAUGAUUAGAUAUCAAGCUAAAUCCAACACGCCAAAA